CGACUCUUACCACCGUAACGUCACCAGGCGACUUCGUGCUCGGCAUCACCACCACCACCUCCCGCAACUCCAUUCCUACGAUGGGCGCCUUGUUGUCCGUCCCUUUUCUCGCGCUUCCAAGCGUAGGCACAUUAUGGGGCUGUCUCGCCUCUUGCUGUGGAGCUGCAACAUGCAGUGCCGUCUUUGGCUCAUGUGGAGGAAAGUGUGGGAAUAGCAUCGCCACGCGCAUAGCGUACGCACUCAUCCUCCUCGUCAACUCCAUCGUCUCCUGGAUUAUGCUCACCGACUGGGCCAUGAAGAAGCUCUCGCAUCUUACCCUCGACUACGUAGACAUACAGUGCAACGGCGAGCAGUGCUAUGGAUACGUUGCGGUGCAGAGGAUCAACUUCGCGCUUGGCUUUUUCCACCUCCUCAUGGCGCUGAUGCUGGUCGGAGUACGGUCAUCGAAGGACGGUCGCGCCCCGAUUCAGAACGGCUUCUGGGGACCCAAAGUCAUUGCUUGGAUCGGCAUGAUAGUCCUCACCUUCUUCAUCCCAAACUCCUUCUUCAUUGUCUGGGGGAAUUACUUUGCCAUGAUUGGCGCAUACCUCUUUCUCCUCAUUGGUCUUAUCCUCCUCGUCGACCUUGCCCACAACUGGGCGGAAUACUGUCAGGAGAAGAUUGAAGUCACCGAGUCCAACGUGUGGACCUCACUACUUGUCGGAUCCGCUCUGUUCAUGUACCUGGCUUCGCUGGCUAUGACCAUCGUCAUGUACAUCUACUUUGCCAAGUCUGGAUGCGGCAUGAACCAGGCAGCCAUUACUGUCAACAUGAUAUUGCUCGUCGUUGCAUCGGUGGUAUCCAUCCAUCCGGCCGUGCAGAAUGUAAACCCUCGCGCCGGCCUCGCUCAGUCCGCCAUCGUCGCAAUCUACUGCACGUACCUGACCAUGUCCGCCGUUGGUAUGGAACCGGACGACCACCAGUGCAAUCCCUUGAUCCGCGCGCGGGGAACACGGAAAGCCACCAUUGUCAUUGGUGCCAUCGUGACUUUCGUCACAGUUGCUUACACAACAACGCGUGCCGCAACCUACGGACUUGCUCUUGGAUCGCAGGGCAAUUCCUACGGGAACGGCUACUCUAGCCUUGGUACGGAAGAUUAUGAGCAUGGCCUCGUGACGCAACAGCCCGAGUCGCGCCGUGAGAUGCGUCAGGCUGCGCUUCGAGCGGCCGUGGAGAGCGGGGCUCUCCCCGCCUCAGCCCUGGACGAUUCCGACAGUGACGACGAAGACGAUGGGCCAGCCCGGAAUCCCCGCGACGACGAGGUGAAUGCGACACAGUACAACUACUCGCUCUUUCAUCUCAUCUUCUUCCUCAGCACAACGUGGGUUGCCACCCUGCUGACCACAAGCUUCGACGAAAAGGACAUGCAAGGCGAUUUCGUUCCGGUUGGCAGGACGUACUGGGCGAGUUGGGCCAAGAUCAUCAGUGCCUGGGUCUGCUACGCCAUCUACAUCUGGAGUUUGGUCGCGCCGCUUGUAAUGCCUGACCGUUUCGAUUAUUGAGCGAUCUGCCUUGCUGCGUGGGUUCUGUGGUGCGUUUAUGGCUCAUGAAGAGCGCUGUACGCGUAUGUAAUAUUGUUAGCAGUUUGGAUUUUUCGUAAUAAUUGGAAAACUUCAAUUCUCA